AUGGGUUCCAGCAAUAAGAAGAAGAAAGAGAAGCAGCAAGACUUCAAGAAAACAAAGUUAAAGGUUGGAAAAGCAAAGGUGAAGCCCGCCAAUUUCACAGACACCAGUUUCAAGUCCAAAGCCAUUGCGGUCGCGCAUCAGUCCCUCUCCGAGACUGCGCCCGAUGUCGUGCAGAAAUUCAAACACCACCUCUCCCUCGCGGCCAGCUCCAAUUCGGACAGGCAGCGGAAAGAUGCCCUGGCGUUCCUGACGUCCCAGCUCUCUGCCGGGCCCGACAGCAACCCCGUGGGUACCCGCGAGCUGCUCGUCAAGCUGCUCCCCUCGGUCCACGCCGAGGAAGCCCUCCGGUGGAUCCGCGUCGGCAUGACCCAUCUCUCGACCGACGUCAGCCUCGAUGCUCUUUCCGUGCUGGAGUGGCUGCUCGAGGUAGCCUCGGACGAGGCCGUGGCCUGCCCCGGCGGAUGGGUCAUGACGCUCAAUAGCUUCUGCGCCAUGAUGGGAUGGUCCGCGUCCGGGAACCGAGGGUGGACGUCGGCCCCCAAGAUCGGUGUGCGGACCAAGGACGCCGCCUGCCACGCCCAGCAACUCACGAUAUUGGCCAAGUUCCUCAAGGCUGGCCUCAGGCCGGAGGCAGUCGUCAAGGUGCACCCGGGCCAGUACUGGGACGGGCUGUACCGCAUCAACCGCUCGCGAGAACCCUUUGCGCACCUCAACAUAUACGGGGCACGACGUGAUGGGGACGGCGAGAUGUACCAAGAUCGCGAGUCUAGGAACAGGGCCUUUCAGAAGCGUUACGCUGCCCUUGUUCUUGCUGGGGCGGAGCAGGCGAAGCGGGAGGCUGGUGCGCCGGGGAGAGCUUCUGCGACUCUGAUGCAGGUGUUGCGGGAUAGCACAGGAGAUUCCGAGGGCGAGGGGGUCCUGGACGCUGAUGACCUGCUCCAUCUCUGGUGA